ACACAACAUUGGGAGCGAUUGGCACGACAACGCAACCACCGAGAUGUAAACAAACCGUUGCUAGGGCCAGCCACCGUGACCAUCAGUGAAAAAAAAGUGCCUGAAAAACUACAAUUAGGAAAGAAAACACUGGGAAGAGUGAAGAAUAACUACCAUAAGGAAAGGAAAGUCGUGGAGAAGUGAUGAAAAAAAGACAAAACACCACAUGAGUUUUGGAGAAAGAAAAAAGAAGAGAAACAGACACGUAAGAUUAAAAAUAAUAAUUUUAGAAGACAUGCAAAAAUCAUCUUCCUGACCCCAGCUAUCCCUGACCUGAUUGUGACCUGACCUGACUUGUGGAAGCUUGAAAUGGAACAAUUGGUGCAAAAGGCAGAAAUGGAGGCGGGGAAUAGGUUAUGAAUAGUGCAGUAAGGAAGCCGUGGGAUUUACUGCCAUGGCCCCGAGUCUGGAUGGACCAGUCACCCCCUCCUCCCCAGGCCGCCUUGCCACCCCAAGCACAGACAGGGGCGAGGGGCGGCAGCGGUGGCGGCUCCUCCUCGCGUCAUCCAAGGCCAGGCAUUUAGAGGCGGUGACUCAAGCUGCCCUGUCAUCUGUCAUCCUUGUCACCUUCAAGUAUGACUCAUCGACCUUGGACCAUAUCCUGGGGGAGGUGGGGCGAGGGCUGGCUGGUCGCAAGGUGGAAUCCAUGGCCAUGCUGCUUCAUGGCUCAGAGCUGCAGCUUCACCUGUGUGGGCCCGGUGAGAAGGUUGUCAGCUCGCACUCAGUCUCCCAGCAGGCAUCAGUGAGGGAGUUCUUCAGUGCCCUUGUCAACACUCACCUGGACCGCUCCCUGCUGCACCCUCGCCUUGACUUUCUGGCAGCCCACCCCGCCCACCACCCACAGCACGCCCAGGCCAUUGGUGCUGACCUCACUGAGCUGCUGCAGAUCCCCGUGCAGCUGAUCAAGGACCUGCAGGGGGCGGAGGUUGAGGUGGAGCGGUGGGGGCCGGAGACCACCACUAAGGUACCCCUGGGCCAGCUGUACUUUGACCCCCAGCGGCUGAAGGAGGCACUGAAGACAGCUGGCAGUGGGGCCAAGCAGCGCGUCAAGGACCUGGACCGCGAAUAUGAGAAGAUUAGGGUCAUUGGCAAGGGUUCAUUUGGCAGCGCUGUGCUGUACCGGCGGCUGAAGGAUGAGGCGCUGGUGGUGAUCAAGGAAAUAAACAUGCUGGACCUCUCGGCCUCGGAGCGUCAGAUGUCCCUCAAUGAGAUCAAUGUACUGGCGCUACUUGACCAUCCCAACAUUGUCAGCUACAUGGACAGCUUCGAGAGGGACACCAUUCUGUGCAUUGAGAUGGAGUACGCUGACGGGGGGAGCCUGGCGCAGUACCUGACGCAGAGGGUGAAACGCAUUGAUGAGAGGGAGGUGCUGGCCAUCUUCCACCAAAUAACAGCCGCCAUCGCCCACAUGCACCACCACCACAUCCUGCACCGUGACCUGAAGACGGCCAACAUCUUCCUGACCAAGGAGGGGCAGGUCAAAGUGGGCGACUUUGGCAUCAGCAAGAUGAUGAGCACCCAGUCUGUGCACGCCCACACAGUCCUCGGCACACCUUACUACAUCAGUCCUGAGAUGUGUGAGGGGAAGGAGUACGAUGAGAAGAGUGACAUCUGGGCGCUGGGCUGCAUCCUCUACGAGAUGGCCUGUCUGCAGAAGACCUUUGAAGGCUCCAACCUGCCAGCCCUUGUCAACAAGAUCAUGAAGGGUCAGUUUGCUCCAAUCCGCGGCAACUACUCCCCGGGCUUCAAGCAACUGGUGCGUGACCUGUUGCAGCGUGACCCGGAGUUCAGACCCACGGCGGAAGAGGUGCUAAAUGAGCGGCUGCCAGAGCUGCUGGCCCAGGUGUGCUGUGAGGGCAUGGACGCCGAGGAGGUGAGUGAGCAGCUGCGGCACUCCAUCGAGGUGGCCCGCCAGACUCAGGUGUCCAGGUCCUCCCGGCCGCCGCGCUCUGUUGUGUAUCACCUCAAGGUGUACGACUCCUCCAUCAGCAUCAACCCUGUCCCGCUGCCAGCCAGGACCAGGGUCAAGGAGGUUGCUGUCUCAAACACCCAUGUGGUUUUGUUGACCUCAGAGUGCCUCGUUUACACCUGGGGCGAGGGGAAGAAAGGGCAGCUGGGACAUGAGGCCCUGGAGGUGUGGCGGGGCCGGCCAGGGGUGGUGGAGGCCCUGCGGGGGAAGGCCAUCACCAGGGUGUGUGCGGGGGAUGGCUUCUCAGUCUUUGCCUCAGAUAAUGGGAUUGUCAUGACGUGUGGUGAUGGAACCUUUGGCUGUCUGGGGCACAAUGACUGGAACAGCUCCACUAAACCCAAGCUGAUUGAGAGGUUGUUGGCGGUGGACGUGUGUGGCAUCAGCUGUGGGUCGCAUCAUGUGGUGGUGGUGGCGGCAGAUGGGGUGGUGUUUGCCUGGGGGAGGGGUGAGGGAGGCAGGCUGGGCACCGGAGCAGAGGACGACGCGUGCCACCCUACGGAGAUCGAGCUGCCCCUGGAGGUGGUGGUGACCAGUGUGCGGUGUGGAGGUGAUGGCACGCUGCUGGUGACAGAUCAGGGCGGCCUCCUAGCGUGUGGCAACAACACGUACAACAAGCUCGGACUGAACCAGGCACCGGGACUCUUCUCUAUCAAUUUCAAGAAGGACGUUCCCAAGGCGCUUGUGGCCACGAGAGUGAGAAGCAUUGGGUGUCGUGUAGUGGAUGUAGCAAUGGGACCGUCACACACUGCCGUGCUGACUGAGAUGGGACAGGUGCUUACGUUUGGCCGUAAUUAUGAGGGGCAGCUGGGUCGAGGCAACACCAGAUCAACCUCCCGUCCUGUCCUUGUGCGCGGAAUGGCCAAUAAAGUCGUUACUAUGAUCCAGUGUGGCUCCACGUACACUGUGGCUGGCACCAUGGAGAACGCACUCUUCCUAUGGGGCACCCGAGCCGUGAGCCCCCUGACCAGGCCCAACACUCAGGAGGGGUUCACCAACAACUGGGGGCAGCGCAGCGUGUUGGGUUCAGCCGUGGGAAGCACCGCCAGCACCACUAGCACCACAGCUAGCAGCAGCUGCAGCAGCAGCAGCAGUGGUGAUGGUGGUGGUGGUGGUGGUGCUGGUAGCAAGGAGGCAGGAGGUGAUGGGAAGGAGGAGAAGGCUGGCAGUGCUGGUGGUAGUAGUGCUGGUGGCGGGGCGAGGACUGGCAGCAGCAGUGAAGGCGAGGCGUCACAGCGGCGGCACUACCGGAACAUUGACAUGAGGGAUGUGCUGCUGCAGCCACAGGAGAUACUGGCGUUGUACGCCUCCCAUGCUCAGAUCAGCAAGGGGGAGACACUCAGCCUCUCCAGCAUCCACUGCCAGAACCAGAGCAUCUUCCUGGUGGUGGACACAACAGUUCCCCUCCCAGAGCUGGCAUUUCCCUCCUGUCUGACAUGGAAGGAGCGAAGAAGGACAAGGGAGAUCAGAAGGAGACAAAGGAAGAAGCAGGGAAGAAGAUGAAGGAAGAGGAAGGGGAGGAGAAUGAUGAUGAUGAAGAUGACGACGAUGAUGACGAUGAUGAUGAUGACUCAAACAAGGAUCUGAAUGACAGCAUGGGACCUGUCCCCGACUGGCUGAAGGCAGAGCUGGCUGAGGCGGAGCAGAUGGAGAGCAACAACAAGAAGAAGGGGAAGGCCGGCAAGGCAGCAUCCCGGCCCCAGCACCGCCCCCACCAGCCCCCCACCAAGCACCCCCCCGCUAAAG